AGCUGCCGCGCCCCCUGCCGCUGAGAAGACCCGGCGUCCCUCACCCCCACCCCCUGGCAGCCCCGCGGCCGCUGCCCGGGAGCCUCGGUUUGUAGAUCCUAAGAGCGCGCCUAACACCGUGGAGAGACUCUCCAGACCCGCACCUCCGCCUACGGCGCGUGGCACCGGGCUCCCGCCGCGUGUGAAGGGUGGCUGGCACUCCUUCAGCCGCUGGAGAGAUGGCAAGUCCUGUGGUUGUUAUAAGUAGCUGCAGCUCUCAUGAAGAGGAAAAUCGUGGCACUUUUAACCAGCACACAUCACCCUCUGAGGAGCUUCUGUUAGAAGACCAGAUGAGGCGAAAACUCAAAUUUUUUUUCAUGAAUCCUUGUGAGAAGUUCUGGGCUCGAGGCAGAAAACCAUGGAAGCUUGCCAUACAAAUUCUAAAAAUUGCAGUGGUGACUAUACAGCUGGUCUUUUUUGGGCUAAGUAACCAGAUGGUUGUAGCUUUCAAGGAAGAGAACACUAUAGCAUUCAAACACCUCUUCUUAAAAGGAUAUAUGGACCGAAUGGAUGACACGUACGCAGUGUAUACACAAAGAGACGUAUACCAUCAGAUCAUCUUUGCAGUGAACCAGUACUUGCAGCUCCGCAAUACCUCGGUUGGGAAUCACGCUUACGAGAAGAAGGGUACAGAGCAGUCUGCCAUGGCAAUCUGUCAGCGCUUCUACAGGCAAGGAAACAUCUGUCCUGGAAAUGAUACCUUUGACAUUGAUCCAGAAAUUGAAACUGAAUGUUUCUUUGUAGAGCCAGAUGAACCUUUUCACAUGGGAGCACUGGAAGAAAAUAAACUCAACUUAACUCUGGACUUUCAUAGACUCCUAACAGUGGAGCUGCAGUUUAAACUGAAGGCCAUUAAUUUGCAGACCAUUCGUCAUCAUGAGCUCCCUGACUGUUAUGACUUUUCUCUGACUAUAACAUUUGACAAUAAGGCCCAUAGUGGAAGAAUUAAGAUAAGUUUAGAUAAUGACAUUUCCAUCAGAGAAUGUAAAGACUGGCAUGUAUCUGGAUCAAUUCAGAAGAACACUCACUACAUGAUGAUCUUCGAUGCCUUGGUUAUCCUCAUCUGCCUGGCCUCACUAAUCCUGUGCCUUCGAUCUGUGGUUAGAGGACUUCAGCUUCAGCAGGAAUUUGUCAAUUUCUUCCUCCUCCAUUAUAAGAAGGAAGUUUCUGUUUCUGAUCGAAUGGAAUUUGUCAACGGAUGGUACAUUAUGAUUAUUAUUAGUGACAUAUUGACAAUUAUUGGAUCAAUUCUGAAAAUGGAAAUUCAAGCUAAGAGUCUAACAAGUUAUGAUGUCUGUAGCAUACUUCUUGGGACUUCCACCAUGCUCGUGUGGCUUGGAGUCAUCCGAUACCUCGGCUUCUUUCAGAAGUACAAUCUCCUCAUUCUGACCCUGCAGGCAGCGCUGCCCAAUGUCAUCAGGUUCUGUUGCUGCGCCGCUAUGAUUUACUUAGGCUACUGCUUCUGCGGGUGGAUUGUGCUGGGGCCAUACCAUGAUAAGUUCCGUUCUCUGAACAUGGUCUCUGAGUGCCUUUUCUCUCUGAUAAAUGGAGAUGAUAUGUUUGCCACGUUUGCAAAAAUGCAACAAAAAAGUUACUUGGUCUGGCUGUUUAGCAGAAUUUACCUCUACUCAUUCAUCAGCCUCUUUAUAUAUAUGAUUUUAAGUCUUUUCAUUGCACUGAUCACUGAUACAUAUGAAACAAUUAAGCAUUACCAACAAGACGGAUUUCCAGAGACUGAACUUCGUACAUUUAUAUCAGAAUGCAAAGAUCUACCCAAUUCUGGAAAAUACAGAUUAGAAGAUGACACUCCAGUAUCUAUAUUCUGCUGUUGUAAAAAGUAGCUAUCAGGCUAAUCUGUGCCCUGGAGGAAAUAUAAUGUGUAGCUGAGUUGGGAAACCGUAUGGAUAUUUUAAGAUCAAGUGUCAUAGGUUUAAAGACUAUUACUUUGAGCAAACUUGUAAUUCAUCAAGAACUAUUUAUAUUUUUAAAAGAAAUACUUAAUGUCUUUUGCAGCUUUGUGUUGGGUUUGUGUGUGGUUUUUUUAAACUAACUUUGAUGAGAGAAGCUAUUGGGUUCUUGUUAUUUCUUGUUUAUUUUGCCAUAGCUUUAAAAUGUAGUCUCCAUCCCCUCUUUAGCUCUUAACCUCUUAACUUCCAGCUCUUCUGACUGGGUUGAUUGUAUCAUGAGUGGAGAACAAUGCCUGGUCGGAGUUCACAGAACUCACUCACCCUGGUCUUGACCACUCUCUUGAGGUUCACCCCUGAGAGAGAGGGGAUAUGGUUGCUGUAUAUCAGUAAUCAUUGUAUUUUAAAAUCUUGUCUUUAAGGACAGAGUAAUAAAGAGACAACUGUCACCAGCACACAGUCUAAAAUUUGGUUCUGAAGGACAACUGUUACGUGAUGCUGCUUUUAGUUCUGGAAAGGAUGAGGUUUUCUUAGUAUUCAUGUAUAAGUUUUUUCUCCUUCAGUGUUAAAGUACAUAGUUGAAAGAGUAUCCUCUAUAAAGUGCACACUUUAUCCAUCCUGCAAAGAUUAAUUUACUGCUUGUGUGGGCUUGCACAAACUCUGUGAUGUACUGUGCCCUUCACGGGCACGUUAGGUCUCAUGGAAGGGAGUGUUUCAGUGUCAGGAACUGCAGUUUCAGGGGGAGAGGUUCUAAAACUCACAUUAAAUAUAUUUUGAAAAACAUCCUGGAAACGUAAAAAUAAGUAGGAGAUGUCUGCCUUAAAAAGACACAGAAACAAAGUCUCCACUCCUUGUAUACUGCUGAUUGAAAUUUUGGGGAUUUUUCCAGUAUGCAUCUUUGUUUUGUGUGCUUUUUAUUCAGAUAGAAAUGGAUUCAAUGAUGUACAAUAAAGGUUUUCUCAAAGCACGA